AUGCCAUCGAUCGUCACCAACCCGACCAUGCCUGCCUCCAACAGCACACUCUCCAAGCGGCGCCGCUUCCAGACUCCAAUUACAAGUUUCUUCCCUUCGGCUUCCUCAGAGUCACACACCGCUGAUGGCCACGCCGUAUCACACAACCACUAUUCAGCCUCGACCUUCUCCGCAACCCCGAUGGUACCAGCCAAGGUGCAGGCCUCACUCCUUUCGGUCGGAAUGCGGGUUCGCAAAUCCGUUGCAGAUGGAUACAAGACUCAGCUUUCGCUGGAAGCUGAGAAAUCCAAAGUUGCAGUCGUUGCAACUGAGAGUCACCCGGCUCAACCUUAUCAUGGCAACAUUCGUCUUGCGGAGCUUACUCCCUUUUCUGGCCUCUCCAAAUCCAUCAGCGAACCGCACUCAGUUUACAACGAUGACGGUGAUGCGUUUUCACUCCCUCCCAGCAGCCAGGAAUCCAUUUCAUCAACUGGGUCAUAUGCCAGUGCAUUGAACGGUCAGAAACGAUCGUUCGACUUCGAGGAUAAUGUAUAUGCCGAUGAGCAUUUUGGCAAUGAAUCUGGGCAGGAUAUUCCUCGGGGACGAACCAUUCUAUCUCCAAGACGCCGUUUGUUGGUUCAGCACAUUACCAACCAACCCAAGAUGGACCUGGACGACUUCGAAGAAGCGUCUUUCCUCCGUCAGCGGGAGGAAGUCGAUUCGGACUACAUGCGCAUGGAUUUUGCUUAG